AUGUCUACCUAUGGACAGAUCAUUAGCUCCCGCUGUGCUGCGCCAUGUGAAGUGACAUGCUCGCAACCAUAUGUCAACUGUUGGAAUGAACCAUGUGUCAGCUCAUGCGGAGAUUCAAGAGCAAUCGUGUACGCGCCACCUGUUGUCGUGACUUUCCCAGGACCCAUUAUCAGCUCAUGUCCUCAGGAAAGUAUUGUGGGAACUGCCAUUCCUGAAAUUGAAGGUCAGAUGGGCUCCGGAGGCGGAGGAAUGGGCUCCGGAGGCGGAGGAAUGGGCUCUGGCGGUUCCUGUGGCGGAGGCAUGGGCUCUGGCGGUGGAGGAAUGGGCUCUGGCGGGGGCUCAUAUGGUGGGGAGGGCUCAUGUGGUGGUGGAAUCUACCGUUUGGGAAGUUUUUACCGAAACUCAUUUUCUUCAGGAUUUGGUAGAAAUUAUUUCCCCUAUUUUUCCAGAGGAUACUAUAGGUAUCGCUAUGGAAACUAUGGGCCUUUUUAA